AUGGACCCUCUCUCGGUCACGGCAAGCAUCAUCGCCGUUGGCACCGUCGCCGGCAAGAUAUGCUCUGCCUUCACUGAGCUGAGGUCUCUUUGCCGCAGCCUUCCUGGGCGUCUCCAUGCAUUGAACAAUGAAGUUGCUGAUCUGGAGAUCGUCCUCUUCGAGCUCGCUUCGCUCACAGAAAGGCGGACAGCGGUAGUCGAUAGUGACCGGCUGUCUCUUCAACACCUGGUAAAACAGGCAGAGGUCAAGCUGUUGGAGCUGCAAGAAAUUGUAGGCCGACUGCGAACGGCGUAUCGAGAUGCUGCGGUUCCAUUUGCCCUUGGAGCCUUUAGCAAGGAAAAGACCAGGCUCCAGGGAUUGCAGGAGGAAAUCAGGUCGGUCAAAUGUGAUUUGAACAUCAUGCUUGGUGCUUCGAACUCACAAGAUAUGACCGAUAUGCGUCUUCAGUUGGAGGCCAUAUCCAUUAUUACUAGGGAAUCUUCCCAGGAAAACAUUGCUUUGCAAGGCCAGCUGAUCAGCAGUCUUUCGCAUGUAGACAAGCGGGUGGCCCGUGUUGAAGAGCUGCUACGUUCCCAGGCACAAAAAGUCAAGGAAGAACAGUUCACCCAGGUUGGACCGCUGUACAAUAUCGUUGCUGCGAGACGACACUCCCCCCAUCCAAGGAAAGCCCCUAUACCUAGAGAUGGACAACUGUUUAUUGGAUGCUCGGGGAUCCCCUAUCUGUCACCGAGCUGCGAUGUUGAUACCUGUACCAAAUACCGUGCGAGUAAGAUUAGCAUGGAAUACUGGUUCCCCAUGGGACUUAACUCAACCAUUCUCCGUAUGCAGGCAGGGUAUCAAGCCAACACUGGUCUCCUUUUCCAACUGCAGACUUUUAGAAGCGUUCCUGACGACGCGCAGUGUGUGAAAUUUGCAUUGGCUGGGGAUAUAGAAGGUUUAAAGUAUCUUUUUGCUAAUGGCCUGGCUUCUCCCAGAGAUGUAAGUCCUGCAAGAGGCUAUACCCUUCUCCGCUGGGCGCUCUACGGGAAGAAAUAUGCCACUUGCGAGUUUCUUCUCCAUGCAGGUGCAGAUCCGGACUACAGGCCCAUAGCCACGUCGGAUAAUAGCCCUCGGAUAAAGGCCUGCCACUUUAUUCUCGAAGGAGGCCUCCCCGAAGAUGGCGCUGAUGCAUUGCGACUAAUUGCUCGAGGUGGCCAUUAUGACGACUUUAUCGACGAGUCAAACUUCACUCAGACACAUCGUAUUGUUCUUGGUUUGUCACUUCGGAGCUUAGAAGAGGAAAUAAAACUCCAUCCGGAAGAUAUCAAUGCUCAGGAUUCUAUGGGUCGGACUCCAUUGGCUUGGGCGGCGGCACGAGGGGAUAGCCAUUCUGUUGUUACCCUGUUAAGCCACGGAGCCGACCCAAACAUCAUAGAUGUACAGAUAUCCGGGCCGGUAUCAAAUGCAGCUGCGAGAGGCUACACGGCAUGUGUUCGGCUGUUACUCGAGGCUGGAGCUCAUCCAGACCCUCCAAUGCCCCCAGGGGUGAAAAAGGGCUCGCCACUGAAUGUAGCAGCCCGCAAUGCCACUGAUAUCCUUCUGCUGAAGAAUCUGCUGGACUUUGGGGCUGACCCUGAUUCAAGCGGUACAGACGGAGACACACCUCUAAUACAUGCUGCCCGGACCGAUAACUCUAGCUUCGCGUUACUAUUUCUUGAGUAUGGCGCAGAUAUCAACUACAUCUCGAUAAAGGGAGCCACCCCCUUGACAACUGCCAUCACUUAUAACAGCCACAAUGUCCUGUCCUUGAUCUUGGACAGGUGGCAUGAGUAUUCGGAUUGUCCACGUCUAAAGGCACCGGAUUUACUCCAGGCAGUUGCCUUGUACGCGGAUGUCAAGACUAUGCAAAUUAUUUCGAGUAUGGACCAUCUGCGAUCGAGGCAGGACAAGGAUUAUAUCGUUGGAGACUUCAGCAGCCGCCUGCAUCAAAGGCCUGACCUGACAGAGGAGUUAACCCUUGCGUUUGGCAACCUGCUAGAUGCAAUCAACAAUGUCAAAACCGCGAAGCCGAAGUCUCGUAUCUGCCCGGAAAAGUUGCUCGAGGCUGGUUCUAUGCCGUCCCUGCUCACUAGAAAUCAGAUAUCCAGAGGAGAUUGUCAAGACAGCCCAAGCUCAGAAUCAGGAUGUUUCUUUUCCUGCCCUGGGUCGCCUGUUGGCUUCUUUGAUAACAGUGAUGAGGAUGCUCCAAGCACUUUCCCAGAUGACGUUGAGUCCCAACCAAAUCACCCGUGA